GUAAAAACAUAUAUAUGCGAUAUAUUAUUUUGUGUUGUCAUAGCAACUCAUAGAAUAUAGAGAUAUAACCAAACACAAAGAAAAUUGUUGAUUAAAUGAAUUAUUUAUUAUAUCAGUGAAUUAUUUUUUCAUAAUAAAUGAAUACAAUAAAUACUAAAAGAUAUCUCGUCAUUAUAAUUAUACAAUAUUUAAUAUUACUUUUUGAUAUCUUUGUUAAUUCAUUUACUAGCUUCUCUAGAUCAAAUUCAAUCAAUUUAUUAAUUCUCUAUGUGGCUCAAGAUAUAUGUAUUGUUAUGACUAUCACACUUCUACUAGUUAACUUCUUUUCUACUUACAUUUUUCAGAUAGGAUUAAUACAAUUAUUAUAUACAAAAUUUCGUAUAACAUUAAUAUUAUGUAUUAUAUAUAUGGUAUUAAGCAUUACUUUACAUAUAUGGGAUAUUAAACUGCAUUGGUCAUCACCUUUCAAAUAUUAUUGGACUACAAAUUUUCAUAUACUCUAUUCAUUACAUAGAGGAGUUACAUUAAAGUUGCAGUUUUAUACUAUUAUUUCUAUAAGAGGGCAUCUCUUCGAAUCGCAGAUCCAAGAUUCUAUGAAAAUUCAACAUGGAUUCAAAGCCAAUUUAUUUUUUCAUAAUUAAUAUUUAUAAUUAAAUGUUACAAUAAAGAAACUAAUAAAAAAUUUUCAUUUGAAAUAAAUAGAAAAACAUAAGAUAACAAAGAAAUUUGA